AUGCGAUGCCCCAUGUGCCGCUCCUCGCUCCUCUAUGCGUGCGGCGACGUCAUAUCCAAAUACUUCCUCCGACCCGGCGUCAAGAUCCUCCCAGAAGAGCUCAGGACAUGUUGCCCCUUAUAUUCGCUAGCUACAGACUCGCACUUCGUCCCCGAGGUCGGCCGACCUCUAUUCCCGUAUAUAAUAGAAAACUGGGAAACAAUUUACAACCAGCUGCAAGAAUUCUCACCCCAGGAUGCACUACGUCGUCGAUACCUUCCCUGGAAUCAAGCCCAUCCAGGGGCCGAGUUAUUCUACCGCCACGACGACGAAGAUCCAUACGCGCCCCCGAACGUCAUCCCGACCGAAGGAGAACUUCACAUGAACAACACCCCAAGUAUCCACGAAGGGCGAAGCGAUUUGUGGGUUAAGCGCCCUAAGCAUCACGAUUUCCACUUCAAAUUAUCCCCCGAAGAUAAUUUCUCCGAGGGGGAAACUUUUGUCUUCUGCAAAGAGCUCGUCGUCAUGGCCCUGGAACACGAGUGGGCAUCGAUAGUCAACGUGCAGAUCGACGAGGUGAAAAGAAAUUUCGAAACUUUCCGUCAACGCUGGCCCAACGAAAUCAUGCCUGUAAGCUAUUCCGCCUUCGAAAUGCUCACGGAGGCAUUCGCAAAGCUGAGGAUCAAAUAUCUCGUGUUCAAGCGUCAGCACGAGGGGUUCAUCGAACUGGGCCCUGUGGCGUUAAGAUACCGGGACGCAGCCGAGCACGAGUUGCAGGUUAGGCUGGAUGACUUCUGGGAGAGAUACCAGUGGAUUCGUAGAGAGGUUAGUGAGGGAUAUUCGCGCGUAACUUCUCAGGGACUAGAGAUCGUUGGUUCCCACCCGGAUGAGACAUGA